CGACAUUUAUCAAAUGGUCGUCGCAUCGUUUCGACAGUCUUCCACGAGAACGUCGUCAAUAGGCCGUCAUGGCGCCUGGUCGGAUUCUCAUCCGUCUGACCGUUUCGCGCGAUAACAAUCAGGAAGACCCAUGCCAAGUGUCGGUCAGCCAGACGUUGCCCUUCUUCACAGAAGAAGAGCCAAAGACGGAGGAAGAAAAAGGUAUGUUCCGGGACCUCGCCAACAAGGCCAUUGCCAAACUCCAGGCGGCCGAGACCGAGGUGCUCCGCGUUCUCGAGGAAAAGGGCGUCUCAGUCGAGAAAAGCAUCAUUUCGAUAUCCGACGAAAGCGAGCAAAGCUCUUCGGAUGGAUACAAGGAAAAGAAACAUUCACACAGAACGAGUAGAAACAAAGGAAAGAAAGCAGCAGACAAAAAGAAGCGCAGGUGCCAAAGGAGCAGCGACUUGGAAAGCGUCCGUCAACUUCGCCGUUCCUCACGGCCUCAUGCAAAAGUCAGUUAUGCGCCCGAAUGGGACAAGAAGACGGGCAGGCUCCUAGACAGAAAGAAGCGUCUGGCUGAGGAAAAGUGGGCCCUAAUUCCUGUCAAGACCACCAAAAGCUCGACAAGAAAGGGCAAAGAGGAAUCAAGUAAAACAAAGUUGGCUUCGUCUGAUGCAAUGAAGAAGAAGAAGAAGAAGAAGAAGAAGAAGAAGAAGAAAGCAAGGACUGAAGAGCACCGCCAUGACACAGAUGAAGAAGACAAAAGCAAUUCCUCAACACCAGAAGACGACGGUCACUCGAGUGAAUCAGACGACCAACCUGACGGAAGAACAAGUAAGACUUGGGCCAACUUUUCGAAGUUCAACAACAACGACAAAAGGAAAGGUCGUCCUGAAUUUCCUCUGACGUCCAAGAGGCGCCGUGCAGAACGACACGAUCACAAGAUUGACAAAAAGACGAAGUCUGAGUCGACUUGUCGUGGCAAAGGCCGAAAUCCCUCGUCAUUAUCUUCAGGCCAGUCCAGCGAUGACGUUGAUAUAAACUGCGACAAGGAGAUUGUAGAGGCGGAGGUAUCAGAAAGCGAGGGUGAGGAGGAGCAGCGGUCUGAAAGCGAGGAUGAGACCGGAGACGAAGAAAACGACUUGACUGGCGAUGGACCUAAAAUGGCCAAUGACAGCGGCGUAGCCCUCACCGAGAAAGCUUUCGCUGCACUCAGAUCCUCGCACCAUGUAUGAACGCAACCAGCAGCUGUGAAAACGGUGACGCAUCCAUCGAAACUCUCUCCGUUUUACCCGUUCGGCCAAAGCACUCUUACAAACGUCUUCACGGCUCCCUAACGCCUCUAGCACCAUUGGAUACCUCGUCUUUGUACCGAUCACCGUCAUGGGCUCUGCUUACUUCCCUUUAGC